CCUCAUUCAUGGCUUGGGCCAAGCAGCCGUAGGGUGGACCAUCAGCAUUUCUGCAGGCACUGACAUGAUUUUGUAAACACCGGUUUUAAGUCAAGAUCCUUGCACAGACAAUACUUCUGCUCAGAGAAAAAGGUUUAGAGUGACAUGGAGCUUGAAAGAAUCAUUCGAGACACACUGACACGCUUCAUCCAAUCCCACAUCCCUGCAGCAGACCUCAGUGGGAUGGAUGAUGUUUUCUUCUCUUACAUCACUGGUGUUCUGGAAGAGCUGGGCUUACCAGAGUCCUCUGAGGAGACUUUUGACAUGGACACCUUUGUGGAAAUGAUGGAGGCAUAUAUCCCUGGUUUUGCAGAAAUCCACAGUGGGGAUGUUUGUGAAAUGAUGUUCUCCCUCUCAGAAAGGCUUGGUGAGGCUCGCAACAAAGAAAAACCUAGCCAAAAGACUGUGGGCAGUGGGAGUGAAGCACCUUCUGAAGACCUGACCAAGGGCCAGGAGCCUGGAGCUGGAGCCUGCAACGGGGAAAGGCUGUGCACUCCAACAGACGGAGCUGGGGCCCAGGAAGGCGCUGACCUGAAGGAUGGGGUGGAGCUGCUACUGGAGAUGUUCCCAGCCUGUACCGUGAGCCAGGCAGAGAAAGCACUUGCCAUGGCCUUGGGGAACUUGGAGGAGGCAGUACAGUUAAUUGUGGAGGAGAAGGUGGAAAUUGGCCCAGCAGGUGUGAGUGUGAAGGAACUCACACGGCCCCGCAGAGCACCCAACCAUGAGGAACUAAAACAGGUUAUCCUACAGAAAUACAUGAUGGUGGAUAGUGCAGACGAUCAGAAAACACAUCGGCCAGUUCCACCCAAAGAGGCUCCCAAGAAGUUGAUACGCUAUAUUGAUAACCAGGUGGUGAGUACAAAGGGAGAGAGGUACAAAGACAUUAAGAAACCUGAGAGCGAGGAGAUGAAGAGAACCUACAUCAGCCUCAAACCAGCCAGAAAGUACAAGUUCCAUUGACAGCCAGGUCCUCCUGCUCUUUAGCCUCCACCUCACCAGCCAGGCAUGGCAGGAUAGACAUGUGGCACUAGGGGUGAGGGGACGACUCUACCUGCCACUAACUGGAACUAACCUGGGAGCCAGGACACUGCUUUCAGCUUCCUCAACUAACCCAGUUGACAAGGAGGAGACUUCUCUCCUUGUCUAGCUGUCCCUCUGCCCCCAGGGGCAUACUGCAGUGGCUCUUCGGGGCCUGGGCAUUCUCUGCUAUUCCUUGCAUGGGACAUUUUUAGAUCCAAGAUGUGGCUUGUGCUUUUUGCAGCAAGCUUUUUACAAGUCUGUGUGCACUGUUGCUUUAAACUGAGUGCCAGUGUUAAUAAAGAUGAUGUGAGUUGGUGUGUA